UCUUGAUAAAUGCACCAUUGUGGGAGUGAUUGCCUAGAAUCUAGAACAUUUAUGGUUUUUCCCUAACUCCAGAAUUAUAAAAAUUUCUUCAAAACAAAGGUGACACAUCAGUUAAGUUGAAAAUCCUUGUCAAUCUUCUCAGUAAUCCUUCGACUGCAAAACUUCUUCAACGCUACCGUGAGAAAUGGUUGCGGGGUAAAAGGAGUUAUUUGAAGGUUUUCAAAGCAUAAGCAACGAUAAUUUGUUAAGCCAAAAACUGGGACCCAUAAACAAAACAUCAAAAAUCAUUUCUUGUUUUCAAGUUGACGGGAGUAAAGCAGCUCAUGUGUUUAGUAUGAAAUUUAUUGAAUGACAGGAAUAUCUCCAACCUUUGGGGUUUCAAAAAUGUUCAAAAAUUUUGCACCAAAAAUUGCCUUGUAGAGCAUAUUUCUCAAAAUCGCUAAACUCGACUUGAGGAGCUGCUCUGGUGCUCGACAAGGCUAUGGUCGUAAUACUUAAGGCACAUUGCAAGAAUUGCAGAAUGGAGCUGCAGAAAUUAACGAGAGCGGCCCUUUUGGAUCAUCGCUGCCCGUGUCUUGCAGAGAAUAGACUUGCUUGACACAAGGCAGGUAUAUAUGAAAAAUAUCAAGCGCAUCUACCACGAUGUAACAGUUUUUGAAAGGCCCCGUUAAACCAAUUCUUUUCUUUAGAUUAAUUGAUAUUCAAAAUGGGGUCUCAAGUAACACCAAUUUUUCUGGCCUAAAAACAUUGUUUUGAAACUUAGAAAUAGUUCAGAUUCUAGCCCAAUGUCGAAAUUAAGUUAAAAGUUCACAAUUUCAAAGAAACUAACAAAUACUUUUUUUAAUUUCUGUUUUAAGUUACAGGGUUGCAGCGUAAAAAGAGGAAUUGAAAUCGAUUCUCUAUUGCUUUCAUAUCAUCAUUUUUUGCACUUAAGAGUGUUGCCAAAAGAACAAACGUGCGUUUGGAACUCGAAGAUUGAGAAGAGGCAGCAACAAAAAAAGAAAAGAGAAGCUAGCAUUUGAAUAAAGUACCUGUCAGAAAUUAAAUUUGAUGGGAAAAUUUUAGGAAAAUACUGCUGACAAUGAGUAAAUAUUUCUUAAUGAUUUUUCCACGUCUUAUUAAAUUUUUGGGAAUAUGGGUGUUAACACAGAGGGUCUAACUAGGCCUUUUCGUUGACUAGUGUAAUAAAUAAACUGCCAUAUAUAUAAACAAAUAACACCGCUAUUUGGUCCAUAACUCUAAAGAUUCAUUAAAAAAGGGCUAAAUAAUAAUUCUUUGACCAAUGAGAUGAACCGUUAUAUAAGAUGUAAUUAAAAAGUGAGAUUCUGCAAGGAAAGGCAGUCUCUGCAAUUGAGACGGUAGAGCAAACGGUUGGACAAUUCCAUAUAAAAACUGAAGAGUGAGAUGCCUAGUGAAAACAGUGAAAUGACUCUGUGCCUGACGAUAUUCGCUAACAGUGAUGGAAAUAUAAGCACAACUCUUGUUGGAUCCAUCACGGUUCUCUUUGCAUUUAUAAACAUAGCAUCAAAUGCUCUGUUAAUUUUCGCAAUGUACAAAUCGAAGCAGAUCAGGACACAUUCAAACAAAUUUCUUCUUAUAAUGACAAUAUCCGAUCUGUGCACCGGAAUCUUUGUAAUGCCAGGAUUAGGAAUAUUUUGGAUCGCUGGAAAGCAACGAAGUUGUCUUGAAGUCCAGGUUAUGGAAUUUCUGAUGAUGUUUUUUGCAUAUAUGUCGAUUUUGAUGAUCGUUUGCAUCUCGGUCGAUCGAUACUUCCACGUGACAAAGCAAGGCAGAUACCAAGCCUGGAUGAACCGUUUCCGAUUUUCCCUCAUAGUAGCAGCAUUUUUAGGAGUCGGAUUUGUAAUGGCGAUGCUCUCCAUAAGUUUAACUUCAUUCUAUCUAGUAGUUGCGAUGGUUAUUUUCAACUUACUUCAGGUUUUAUGCCUUAUCAUUUUCAACACAAGAACUCUUAGGAUCCUAGAACGUCACCAAAGAACAACUGUAUUACGACUGCAAAAUGGGAGCCGAAUUGCUAAUGGCUUGCAAAUUGUCCCAAAUGAGAAACUCCGUGCUGUUAGAACGAUUCGCUUGGUAUUAGCUGCAGUUUUAGCCUGUUAUCUUCCAGUCAACAUCGCAACUAUUGCUUGGACUUAUUUUAAGUUCAACCUACAUAUCAAGCCAGGAUUCACAUUAACGGUGCUAUAUGAAUGGACAAAGCCAAUUAUGUUGAGCGUGACAUUUCUCAAUUCUUUGAUAAUAUUUCAAGGAAAUAAGAAGAUUCGUCGAACAUUGUCGUCCAUUUUCAGAAAGGACAGAGUUGAUCAUGAAUGAAAAACUACAUUAUCUAUUCUUUUUUAGGCUACACGUACUACUUUGAACGAUCAGAACUAAUCACAAUGAAAUGACAAGACUAGUUCUGAAGGCAAAUAUGAUUCCUUUCAUUUAAACAUUUAAAUAUUUUCUCAUGCACUUUAUAUUGCUUGUGCUCAAAUUUUUGCUACUUUGGAUUUUGAUUUUAUGUCAGCAAAACCAUCUUCAUUAAAAGUGCCUUAGGUCUAACGACAUCUACUAUGAAAACAUAUGUUACGUACGUAGAUUUUCUAAUUUCACUACGAUCUCUACUGGUUUUGGACUUCGUUCGGGCUUUAAAAGCUCAACUUCUUAUCUUCAUCUAUGCGAUGCGAAUUGGAUACAAAUUUAGACUGGUCCUUCAUCAUAAUCGUUAAGCCUUACUGCUCAUGCAUUGCAAAAUUUAUGUUAAAAUUCUAUAUACAAAUUAAUUAAAAUAAUUUUUUUUCUUUCCGCAAAGAUGGCGGGAAAUAGCAGAAACAUUGCAUGCUAAAGCAUUUCUUCUACAAAAUUUCUCCAUGUAUAAAAGUCGGAUAGUGCCUAAAAGAAAGCAGAAUGCUUAUAACCUCAUGUGGAUCGAAAGUAGCGUGAGAGGGAGACAGACAUAUUGGA